UCUAUCUGUAACAGAACACACACGCACGCGCAUCGCACGUGGCUCGAGUCUCCAUUCGCCCUCUGCUCGUGGGAGACUGGUUUCCGUGGAAUAUAUCAAAACAAAAGCGACACGAUUAUCAGGAUUUAACAGGAAGCGAAACACGUGACUUAACUGUAUGCACAGCUGAUUGGGAUCUACCGUUGUCUAGCUGUGAUAGUGAAUUUAGAUACUAACAUCAUGUCCGAAAAAUCAGACUCGGUAGACAUUCAAGAUCUACAGGAUAUACAAACACCUUUUGGGGUGCCUUUGAAGGGGAUCUAUAAACGGAGUUUUGCUUAUAUAACAAUCAAAGAUAGAUUACCAAUAAUUCUAACUAAAAUAAUUGAUACUCUUAGUCGUGAUAAGGACAACAUUGCAAGGAAAUAUGGGGAGAAUGCCACGGAAGAAAUUAAGCAAUUGGUAGGAUUUAUUAGUAAAUUAAAAAACGAAAUAGUUACAAACAAAACUUUAAAGCCUCUGCAAUUGCUACCCAAUGUAACAGGUAAUGAUGCUGAAGAAUGGAAUAGAUAUUUAAUUAAAAGGAGCGCAAUAGAAGGCGGUACACCAACAUGGUUUAAUACAGAUUGGUUAUACUGCGAAUGUUAUAUGUAUCGAACACUUGCACAAGAGAUUGCUCUCAAAAAAUAUUUACACAGUUACGAUCCUUUCAGACAACAGAAAGAAGGUGCAUUUAUUAAUUCACUAGCUUGUAUAGUUGCACUUUGUAGUUAUACAAUGAAAUUUGUACAAAGAUCUGAAUCUUUGUCAGAAGUUGAAAUUAAAGAAGAGCUUUCUAAAUUUAUUCAACUAAAUCUUUGGGGCAAUAAAUGUGACUUGUCCCUAAGUGCAGGAGCAGAAGUUAGUCAAAGUUAUAACCCCAUAGAAAUUUUACAGUCAAUGUAUAAAGAUAUUCUUGUAGAUCAAACAGAAUUUGUUUGGAAUUUAUUAAAAAAGAGAGAAACUAAUGUAAAAAUAGACAUGAUAUUGGACAAUGCAGGAUACGAACUGUUUACUGAUUUAUGCCUAGCAGUAUUUCUAAUUGCUUGUAAAUUUGCUGUAAAAAUAAGAUUCUAUGUAAAACUUUAUCCAUGGUAUGUCAGUGAUACAACAAAAAAUGAUUUCAAUUGGACUCUAGAUUAUAUGAUGAAUUCACCAAAUAAAGACCUACAAGAAUUAGCUAAACUAGCAAGUAACCACUUGAAGAAUAAUGUAUGGACUAUUGAGGAAGAGUCCUACUGGACAGGACCUUAUGAUUUUGCAGCUAUGAAAGAGCAAGAUAAAGUGUUGUAUGCAAAAUUAUCAGAAGCUAAACUAGCCAUAUUUAAAGGUGAUUUAAAUUAUAGAAAAUUAUUAGGUGAUAUAAAUUGGGAAUAUACAACAGAAUUUAAUCAAGUAUUGAGAGGUUUUCAACCAACACACAUUCUUAGUUUAAGAACAGUGAAAUCAGAUGUUUGUGUUGGCUUACCAUCUGGUAUGGCAGAUGAACUAUUUAAGAAAGAUGAAAAUUGGAUGUUUACUGGACAGUAUGGGCUUAUUGACUCAACUUUGGCUGGAACUUGUAAAUGUUCUAACACAUGUUAAAAUGUUAAAUACGAAAACACGGAAUAUAAAAAUACUUAGUGUGUUAUUGCAUGUACUUUGUACACAUUAUUCGUCUUUGUAUAUAAUUGACUGUACAUAUACAGUCUAACAGUGAACAGCUACAGCUUCUAAUUAAAUUAUUAUAAUUCAUACACUCAUUACUUGAUAGGAAUAUAGAAAAUUUGACUGUUUAGCUUACAUGGUAAUGUGAUUGAAAUUAUGAAUGAUAGAGAACUAGUCUAUAUGUUCCCUAUUUCAGAAAAAUUUUUUAAACAUUUGAUAUAAAUUUCUAUGUAUAUACAUUUUUUAUCUUUCAAUAAUAUACGUGACUCUACUAAAAACAGAA